UCGACCCAACUGCCCAUCGAGGCCUGGCUAUUCGGUCGCCUGCUGCCUAUGUUCUCAAUUGAAUUGGGAGUGCGCAGCAACAAACUUGUACAAGAGGUUCUGGGAAAACUAUUGGCAAUGGUUAAAGCAUCAAGCGGAGAUAUUCAGAUGUAUUGCGACAUGGCAGGCGUAGUCAUUGAUCUCUGCAUUGGUAUGUACUUCCGAACACUGCCGGGAUAUCAUUGA